UUACCAAGAUGCCAAAAACAUCGAAGAAGACGAAAAGACGCGCUCCGAACUGCCAUUCAAAACAAGAGAUUUGCGUUCUUGAAGCAUCACGAAUCAGUUUUAACAAAAUUAUAAUAAUAAAAAAAAAAAAAAAAAACGAUCACAAUAUACAAGUAAAGCCAUGCAUUCAGACUAUGAGGAAGAGCAGAAACCUGUAAAGAUGGAGUUUAUUGAAGAUUACAGCGAGAACAAGAGUGAUCCAGAACCAUUCAUAGUGAAACAAAAAGAUACUGAAGAACAGAGAGACCUGGAAGAAGAUGGGGAGAGUGAAGAACUGAAUGAAGUGGAGGAGAAAUGUCAUGUCAAAACUGCAGAAACUUGCUCACAGACUGAAAGUAAAUGUGUAGAAAGAAGAGCCAUCAAAUAUAUCACCUGCCCUCAGUGUGGAAAAAGAUUCUCAUACAAACAUAGUCUUAAACGUCACAUGAGAACUCAUAGUGGAGAGAAGCCGCACACGUGUGAUCAGUGUGGGAGUACUUUUGCCACAGCUGCUGUAUUGCAUCGGCACCAGAGAAUUCACACUGGAGAAAAACCUUACAAGUGUUCACAAUGUGACAAGAGAUUCAGUCAGUCACAACAUCUGAAAAGACAUGAGAGGAUCCAUGCUGGAGAGAAACCGCACACAUGUGAUCAAUGCGGGAAGAAUUUUGCACAAGCAAACUGUCCUAAACUAUAUCUGUGCUCUCACUCUGGAGAAAGAUCAUUUAACUGUGAUCAAUGCGGUAAAACAUUUCUUAGGGCAGAUAACCUGAAGGACCACCUGAAGGUCCAUACAAAGGAGAAGCCUUACAUGUGUUCUUUGUGUGGAAAGAGUUAUUCAAAGCGGGGUUAUUUUAAAAUACACCAGAAAACACACUGUGGUGUGAAGGAUCAUAUGUGCUUUGAUUGUGGGAAGACCUUUACUAGAUCUGACAUAUUGAAACAGCACCAGAGAAUUCACACUGGAGAAAAACCUUACAAGUGUUCACACUGUGACAAGAGUUUCAGUCUGUCAGGAAAUCUGAAAACACAUGAGAGGACCCAUACUGAAGAGAAGCCGCACACAUGUGAUCAAUGUGGGAAAAGUUUUAAAGAAAAAGGAACCCUUAAGUCACACAUGAAAAUCCACACUGGAGUGAAGCCGUACACAUGUGAUCAAUGUGGGAAGAGUUUCACACAUUCUAACACUCUUAAAUUACAUCUGCGUUCUCACUCUGGAGAAAGACCAUUUACCUGUGAUCAAUGUGGUAAAUCAUAUUUUUCAUCAUCAUCCCUGAAGAUCCACCUGAAAGUUCACACAAAGGAGAAGCCUUACAUGUGUUCUUUGUGUGGAAAGAGCUUUACUCAGAUGGGUACUUUAAAAAUACACCAGAAAAGUCACACAGGUGUGAAGAAUCACAUGUGCUUUGAUUGUGGGAAGACCUUUUUUACAGAUGCCGUAUUGAAACAGCACCAGAAAAUUCACACUGGAGAAAAACCUUACAAGUGUUCAUACUGUGACAAGAGAUUCAGGCAGUCAGGAAACCUGAAAAGACAUGAGAAGAUCCACACUGGAGAAAAGCCGCAUACGUGAUCAGUGUGGGAAGAGUUUAACUCUCUCAGGUUCUCUACUGCGUCAUACUAAAAACAAAUGUGGUAUACUGUUGCCGAACAUUGAGACGCUGCCUGCACUGCUGACGUUUAGUUGAGCAUGUAAUAAAAGUGAUGUGGGCUGCUUAAUUAUUGUGUAGUCUUAAUUAUCCAGCUCCUUCUGGUUGAAGAUCGAGUGAAAGCAUCAAUGCUAUAUAUGAAUUAUUUUUGAUUUUGGCAGAUCUGGUCUUUCUACACAGCAGUAACUUAUAUGGAGAUAGAAUUGUUCCAUUAUUCCAAAUAAAUAGAUUAUAAUCCACAAAUAAAUGUAAAGAGAUUCACAAAAAAAUAAUCAAAUGCAAUUAUGCACAAAAAAUAGAAUGAGAUCCACAAAUAUAUGUUAGGAGUUUCACAAAAAAUUAAUUUAAGACAAAGAAGAGAAGAUAUUGUUGAAUAAAGUCGUUAUUUUUGUGCACAAAAGUAUUCUCGUCCCUUCAUAACAUUAAAGUUGAACCACUACAGUCAUGUGGACUAUUUUAACAAUGUCUUUAAUACCUUUCUGGACCUUGAAAGUGGUGGUUAAAUUGCUGUCUAUAGAGGAUAGAAAAACCUCUCGGAUUACAUCAAAAAUGUCUUAAUUUGUUUUCCGAAGAUGAACGAAGGUCUUACGGGUGUGGAACGACAUGAGUGUGAGUAAUUAAUGACAGAAAUGUCAUUUUUGGGUGAACUAACCCUUUAAAACACUAAAACUGUGUUAUAUGUUUAGUUCAUUUGUGUUCAUUGGUUUAGUUCAAAUGUUUCCAAGAAUGUUUAAAUCCAGAGAAAUGAGCAAUUUUAGUGCCCCGACCCAUCACCUGUCAAUGACGUCAUACCCGCGUUACCCUCGAUUUCCGGUUUUACUUCCGUAUAAACCAUGGAAAUACCACAGAUGCCUAAAUAUAUUAUGUGUUUAGACAGGUGACCAACUGUAUACAUUUAUACAAACAGAAAACUAAUCAUAUAGCUCAACACUGGUACUGUACUCGUUUUCUUGAUUUACCAUGUUUUUACCGUGCGUCAGAGACAACACUAUUUUGUCAAGAAUCAGAUGCAACUUAGUUUGCAGUAAUAGUAAUACAGCAUUUUAUUCAUCAUACAAUAUAUUUUAAAAUUAAUUGCAUGCCAUUCAGCAGCACAAGCCAUCCAGUAUUUAUUAAUAUUAUAUUCUAAUAUCGAUCUAGCUUACUGCAGCGUGCAACAAGUGUCUCAUAGCAGCUGCCGAGCGAACGCACAGAGUAGCAUUAUAACCAGUACUUUCAACUCACUCAAAUGUAUCUAGUAUGAUAAACAGCACUGGGGUAACCCAGAUAUUCUUGACCAGUUACAAGAUAUUUGGUUUCUAAGAUUUUCAGUUCCAGUGGGCGGAGCAUAGGCUACAUGAAUAUUCACGAGUUUCCCGGACAUGCGCGUAGAACUGAGUAUUUUAUUUCAGCUCCUCCUUGUAUCUCAGCAGGUUUAAUGGAUUAUUUCAAAAAGGUAAAUAGUUUCAGCGUUGCAUGAACAUAUGCCUUAACUUUAACUGUUUAUCGUUUCGUAACCGUUUGUUUUAUUAGUUUGCACGUUUUGUGCAGUCAUCCCUGACUGAAUGAUUGCAGGCAUUCAAUUAGGGUAAAGCCUCUUCCUCUUGCUCUUCCUUUGUACUUUAUGAUGCUUUAAAACUGUUUUACUAAUUCUUAUAUUUGUUGAAUGCAAUAAUUGAAAUAAACCUGUAUGAUGUAGACUAACACUUUUUUUAAUCUGUCCUGGUGUGAUUGUUCUUAAAUUCUUGUUCAUUUUGUAAAUAUAAGCCAAAUAACUUAAUACCAUACACGAGCAUGAAUGAGCUGCUUUAAUACACAAGUAAAAUUGAACAAAAUUGUAUGGGCAAAAGUGUAAAAAUUACAUUUGGUUCAACUACUGUAAAUGAGAAAAGUACUUCAUGUCUUUUUACAGCAACCAGAUUGAUGUUUACAUAAUUUUAUUUACAAAUAUGCAUACUGUCAAAAUGAUGUAAAAUAUAUAUUUUAAAAAUGUUUUGAUUAAUAAGUGUGCUUGUGCUUGUUUUGAUAAACUAAUAUAUACAAUACUGUUCAAAAGUUG